CUGCUCACAGCUGCACGCAUCCCGAAGACACACCUGACUGCGCCCUCGCCUCCCGGGUCCUGCGUCCCAACGGCGCCGCCCGCCAUACCCACCUCACCCGCAGCUCCAGCUCGCCGCCCUGAUACACAGAGGACGCGCAAACGGUUGCUAACGGAAACGACGCGACGUUUCGCCCGAUUCGUGCGGCGGUCAAAGGUCGUCCUGGAGAGUUCCGCUUCCGGUUCCGGGAUCUAGUUUGUUGUGGGCCGGCUCUCUGGUGUGAGCUGGUUUUCAAAGCCGGUUUCUGAGGUUCAGGUGUGUGUCGGGGUUGCUCCGGUCCAGCGGCUGCAGACAUGGCGGCCUCUACAGCGGCAGGGAAACAGCGGAUUCCCAAAGUGGCCAAGGUGAAAAACAAAGCUCCAGCUGAGGUACAGAUAACUGCCGAGCAGCUCUUAAGGGAGGCUAAAGAAAGAGAGCUCGAGCUCCUUCCACCCCCGCCUCAGCAGAAGAUCACAGACGAAGAAGAGCUAAAUGAUUACAAACUUCGGAAGAGGAAGACUUUUGAAGAUAACAUAAGGAAAAACAGGACUGUGAUUAGUAACUGGAUAAAAUACGCACAAUGGGAAGAAAGUCUAAAGGAAAUUCAAAGGGCUCGAUCCAUAUACGAGCGUGCCUUAGAUGUAGACUAUCGGAACAUUACACUCUGGCUGAAAUAUGCAGAAAUGGAAAUGAAGAACCGCCAGGUCAACCAUGCCCGAAAUAUCUGGGACCGAGCCAUAACAACUCUGCCCCGAGUCAACCAGUUCUGGUACAAGUACACAUACAUGGAGGAGAUGUUGGGCAAUGUCGCUGGUGCCCGUCAGGUGUUUGAGCGCUGGAUGGAAUGGCAGCCUGAAGAGCAGGCCUGGCACUCCUACAUCAACUUUGAGCUGAGAUACAAAGAGGUGGAGCGGGCCCGUACCAUUUAUGAACGCUUUGUGCUUGUGCACCCUGCUGUGAAGAACUGGAUCAAGUAUGCCCGAUUCGAGGAGAAGCACGCUUGCUUUGCUCAUGCACGGAAAGUCUACGAGAGAGCAGUGGAGUUCUUUGGAGAUGAGCAUAUGGACGAACACCUGUAUGUGGCCUUUGCUAAAUUUGAGGAAAAUCAGAAAGAAUUUGAAAGGGUACGAGUUAUCUACAAAUAUGCCCUGGAUAGAAUUUCAAAACAAGAGGCCCAAGAACUCUUUAAAAACUAUACCAUCUUUGAGAAGAAGUUUGGUGACCGGAGGGGUAUUGAAGAUAUCAUCGUGAGCAAACGGAGAUUCCAGUAUGAAGAAGAAGUGAAGGCUAAUCCACACAAUUAUGAUGCGUGGUUUGAUUACUUACGAUUGGUGGAAAGUGACGCAGAAGCUGACACUGUGCGGGAAGUCUACGAGAGGGCCAUUGCCAACGUGCCGCCCAUCCAGGAGAAGAGGCACUGGAAGCGCUACAUCUAUCUCUGGAUCAACUAUGCACUCUAUGAAGAGCUGGAAGCCAAGGAUCCUGAGAGGACAAGACAGGUAUAUCAAGCGUCUUUGGAACUAAUUCCUCACAAAAAGUUCACAUUUGCCAAAAUGUGGUUAUAUUAUGCACAGUUUGAAAUACGACAGAAAAAUCUGCCAUUUGCCAGAAGAGCUUUGGGGACUUCCAUAGGCAAAUGUCCAAAGAACAAGUUAUUCAAAGGUUAUAUCGAACUGGAACUACAGCUUCGAGAAUUUGACAGAUGCCGGAAGCUUUAUGAAAAGUUCUUGGAAUUUGGACCUGAAAAUUGUACCUCAUGGAUUAAGUUUGCAGAAUUAGAGACAAUCCUUGGCGAUAUCGAUAGAGCCCGGGCAAUCUAUGAAUUAGCCAUCAGCCAGCCACGCUUAGACAUGCCAGAGGUACUUUGGAAAUCAUAUAUUGAUUUUGAGAUUGAGCAGGAAGAAACUGAAAGAACGCGAAACCUUUACCGACAGUUGCUUCAGCGAACACAGCAUGUCAAGGUAUGGAUCAGUUUUGCUCAGUUUGAGUUAUCCUCGGGAAAAGAAGGAAGUGUGACUAAAUGCAGACAGAUUUAUGAAGAGGCCAAUAAAACCAUGAGAAACUGUGAAGAAAAAGAAGAGAGACUUAUGUUGCUGGAAUCCUGGCGAGGUUUUGAAGAUGAAUUUGGAACAGUUUCAGACAAGGAAAGAGUAGACAAACUCAUGCCAGAAAAGGUCAAGAAGAGAAGAAAGGUCCAGGCCGACGAUGGGUCUGAUGCCGGGUGGGAAGAAUACUAUGAUUACAUCUUUCCAGAGGAUGCUGCCAACCAGCCUAACCUCAAGCUUCUGGCAAUGGCCAAGCUUUGGAAGAAACAGCAACAAGAAAAAGAAGCUGCCGAACAGGAUCCAGAUAAGGACAUUGAUGAGAGUGAAUCCUCAUCUUUUUAAAUCUUAAAGAGUGCCAGAUGACUUCAGCACUAGCAGUUUCUAAGAAGGUGCCUUACUUCACCACCAGCAGCACUGAGUUAUAUCCUUUUACGAUUCUGUAUGAUCUGAUACAUUAAAGUGGGUGCUCACAUGAUUUUAGUUUGUAUGUCUUUUGACUGGUGAGACUGAAUUAAAUCUUCAUUAGCCUCCUCUGCCCUUGUAAGCUACCAGUUAAUUACCCAACCUACUAGCAGUAGUCAGUGGAACACGGUCUACAAAUGGUCUAGAAAUCCUAUUUGUGUUGUAAGCCACCAAUCUGUUACUGCAGCGACCCUAAUUUAUUUACCACACUUUUUGCUCAUUUUCUACUGAGAUGAGAGAAACUGCUAUUACCAAAAUCCUUUAUUCACUUCAGCAACACAUUAGGAGACAGAUCAUAGGCAGUGACAGAGAAGCUGUGUAGUGCUUCCCAAAGAGAUCACCUCCCCUCUGCUGACUUCACUGCCAGAAACACAGAUACAAAGGUGUGCUCUGGAAGCUAUCUAGACCCACAGACCCAGGUGCUCAUGAGCACGGCUGCUGGAGACAUCACAGAGUUGUCACAGCAGAGGGAGGCCCCCAAUCACUGUUCUGUUGCUGCUGUGUACAGCCAGGUUUACUGAGGCUGGCCAAGGUGAGCAGCAGAGCUACAGUAGUACUUUCAUAGAAAGUCAUUAUGGUAAUGGUUCGUGGGCAAGCCUAAGACCACUCCGCUCAUUUUUGUAAUCACUUUCAAUGUUGCUUAUGUUAUUAAAAACCUACGUGUUUCAACUUUU